CAUUAUUUUACACCCAUAAAACGUUCUCGAAGUGUCUAUUUGAUGACCUCUCCGUGAGGAGACUUUUAACUCGUUUUCUGCCCCAUUUGGCCAAUAUGUUUUACUACCCCGUUGUUUUAAAGCGAGGCUCUGGCUGUUUCUCGACGAUUUGGCUUGCUGCGACAAGGGGCAUCACCGUUCCAUGCCGGGAGGUUCUGAGAGUCAACGUUAAACAGACCUGUGAUGACAUCAUGAACUACAUCCUGGAGCUGGUCCCGCCCCCUCAGCCCACUCUGCCGCGGCCUCGCUUCUCUCUCUACCUGUCCUCCCAGCUCCAGUAUGGCGUGGUGGUGGUCUUCCACCGCCAGUGCGUCAUCCUUCUACAGGAACUUCAGCUCAUUGUUGGCAAGCUGUUGAAGCACAGUGGGUCCAAUAAGCUUGACAUGGAGGACCCCGGCAGACAAAGGCUCAUAAAGGACACUCUAACUCACAUGGAUGAAACUGGGCUGCCACUUGACCCUUUCUUUGGAGUGAUGGAUGAGUUCAUGCCGAGUCCCUGCACUCUGACGCAGAUGGCAGAAUCUUUUGAGCAACUGGUUUCUCCCCCGAAACCUGAACCAGCUCGGACACCCUCCACUUCGUCACGGAGCAGUAGAAUUACUGCAUCGCCACAAAGCAUCACAAUUAGAGAGCCACCUGCUGCCUUUUCCGUGCCAGAGUUUGUAGGCCAAGAUCUGGAAGACAACAUGAUGGAUACAGUCGACUUCCUGUUGAACCAAGUUGACGACUCCCUGCAGGGAGCGGCUCCAGAAGCAGAGAUUGAGCGAGCGAGGACACCAGAGAAGGACCCAGAGCCUGGAAAAGAGAGCACAGCAACAACGCUCGAAGUGGAUCCCACAACUAUGUCCAGCGGGGAACCCUCCUUGCUCCCCCUGGAGGGGCUCAUGGGGAUCCCUCAUCCCUUGGCUGAUCAGCAGACCCCUGUCUCUGCCCCCCAGCUUUCCUUGCCAUCACUAGCAGCUGAGCCACCAACUUUAAUGACAAAGGCUGCGCCCCACCCAGAGGAGACGGACCAGAAGAAGAAGACGAGGAAGACGGGGAGGCAACUGAUCUUUAUCGACACCGAGAUGCAGAUUUCCAAUGAGGAGAUGGACCAGCAGAUCAGCGACUUCGCCUGGGAGACCAGGGAGAACGAGCUCCCCCUUAGUGAGAUGAUGAGGUCGAGAAUAGCUCACGAGAUGCUCAUGGAACCAUCUCAGGUCUUAGUCGACGAACUGGCGUCAGAAUGGCAAAAGUCCGCCAAAAUCACACCUACCGCCGCCCCGGAGGUUUGGCCCGGUGAUCGAGACGUGGAGUCCAGUGGUUCUGAACAAGAGCGAACGAUGUUGGAGGCAACUGAGAGGGAAGAAGGGGGACCUGAGGUCGCUAGAGAGGCGGCAGAAUCCGAUGCGCUCAAGAUGUCAGGUCCAGGUUCACCUCCGCUGGAGGUGUCCAACCAACGGGAGGUUUCUCGAGAGGUCUCCCCCUUGGAUCUGUCAGAUCAAGAAAGUUCCACAUCUGGCGCCCGACUGCAGGAUAUCCCCGAAAGGGAACUGUUGGAGAGAACACGAGAUUCUCUUGGACCGUUGAUGGAGUUGGACGAAGAAGAGGAUAGAGAUGUGCUUUUCCACAGUCUUCUCCCACCAAAUGCCGACCGCAGGAAAGUCAGCAACAUUUUCCAGAAGCUCCUUGUGAUUUUGGCGACCAAGAAGUUGCUUGCAGAGCAGUUGGAGCCGUAUGGGGACAUCGUGAUCUUUCUUGGCAACUACCAAGAGCAGCGUCUGUCUUUGUGAAACAAGCAGCCGUUGCGCAGUCUCUUCAUACUUGUUGUUAUCGGGGUCAAAACCUCUUUCAGAUUUUAAAAUAUUCACCUGUUGUGGGGUUCUGUUUUUACAUAAUUGUAGCAGCUUGGAGUUCACAAUGCUUCUUGUCUGUUGUUUACAAGACCACUUUUCAAAAAUUUUACCGUGGUGUUGCUCUGGUUUUAGAUGAUGGCAUAGCCUGAAGUUCCCAAUGAUUCUCGGCAGUUGUUUAAAAAAAAAAAAAAAGAAUCUUAAAAGUUGUUCU